AUGGACGGCGGCAGCCACCGCGUGUCCGUCUUCACCUGUGCUCUUUUCUGUGGGGGCCUCUUCCUUUCCGGUGUGCCCAUCGGCUACCUGAUCCCCACAUGGUUCUUGGGAGCACUCUUUAUGAAUAGCUCCAUAAGCCUCGUGGAGGAUGCGCUGCUUUCCUACCGUCAUCUUCCCACCUCGAAGGUGUCCUUGGCUGGCGUCCGGCUACCCUCUCCUGAGUACGGUAUCACCCUCGCAUGCAUUGCUGUUGCCGUGGUGUGGUCGCCUUUCGCAGGCAUUGGUACUGGACUGGCACUCAGCAUCUUCGAGUUCUUGUGGCAAAGCUCGCAGAGCACUCCAGUGAGUGGCGUGAGCUCCGGGCACCUGAGCAUGGGUCGUACGAAGCGCCCUGUUUGGGAGCUUCGUGUCCUACGAAAGGAAGGAGACCGAAUUGUUUUGCUCUUCCUGCAGGGUCGGCUUUUCUUCGGCUCUGCUGAGCAAGUUUCGCAAGUCUUGAACACCGCCACCGACGAUGCCGCGGGCCGCCUGAAGUACUGCGUGUUGAGUUUUUCACGAGUGAUUGACAUCGACGCAUCUGCCGCCAAGCAAGUCAAGACCUCCGUGGAGAAGGCCUUCCGCAGUGGCGUCCACGUCUUCUUCAGCCGAAUGUCGCCAGACGUCUUCCAGGAGCUCUCCAUGGCUGGAGCAAUCAAGUCACCUGACCCCGCCCUGCGCCAGGCUGACCAAAGUUUGCUGAAGGUUUCUGGUUUGGAUUUUAAUGGUUGA